AUGUAUUUCACAUGGAAAGAAUUCCCUUUCAUCGCACCUGAAGACCUGAAGGCGGUAGACCGACUGGCGCCUGUAGUCAUUAUUGGUGCCGGCCCUGUGGGCCUUGCGCUGGGGCUGGGCAUUGCGCGUCACGGCGUACGCUGCGUGGUUCUUGAAAGCCGCAGCACGAUUUCGAAGGGCAGCAGGGCUCUUGCCAUGAACCGCCGCUCCAUGCAGAUACUUGACCAGCUGGGCGUGGGCGCAGCGGUGAUGGAAAAGGCCCUGACCUGGUCCGCAGGCUGGACCUUUUAUGGGGAGGCGCUGGUGCAUGAGAUGAACAUCGCAUCGCCGCCUGAUGAAAAGCAUGGGCAAACCAACCUUCAGCAAUGCUGGAUGGAGCAACUGCUGCUGGAUGCCUGUGAAAAGGAGAACAACAUUGACAUCCGUUACCGCCAUGAAGUCACAGGCUUGCAGGCGGAUGGGGACGGCGUCUGGCUGGAAGUCAAAACACCUGCGGGGGAAUAUCCCUUGCAGGCCGGGUAUGUCGUGGGUGCUGAUGGGCCGCGUGGCAUUACGCGCCGCAGCAUGGGCCUUGAGUACGAAGGUACGUCGUAUUCACAGCGUUUUGUCAUCAACGACAUCAUCUGCCGGCAACCCCUGCCUGAAGGGCGGCGGCUGUUUUUCAGCCCACCCUAUCUGCCCGGUAAAACGGUGCUGAUGCACAAGGCGCCUUUCGACAUGUGGCGGCUGGACUUCCAGUUGCUGGACGAUCAGGAUGCGGAAGAGGAAAUGCAGCCUGACAGGGUUCACCAGCGCAUACGCGCCCACUUUGAACUGAUGGGCCUCAAGCCCGACUACGAGCUUGUCCUGACAUCGGUCUACAAGGCCAACGCCAUCAGUUUGCCGACCUACAACAAAGGUCGUGUACUUUUGGCAGGCGAUGCCGCGCACCAGGUGCCGAUCUUCGGCGGACGGGGCGUCAAUCACGGUUAUGCCGAUGCGCACAAUCUUGCAUGGAAGCUGGCGCUGGUCGUGAAGGGAGUCGCCGAUGCGGACCUGCUGGACACCUACACGCAGGAAAGGCGCGGGGCCAUUCUUGACACGCUCGCUGAACUGACCAAAACAACCCUUUUCAUCACAACGCCUUCGCCGGGAAUCGCGCUGGUCAGGGAGGCGGUGCUUUCCCUUUCUCUGGGAGAGAACUUCCUGAACAACCUGUUUGACCCGUACACCUCCCGGCCUUACGAGUACACGGACAGUGCGCUCAAUGCCGAGCCUGACGUUGACGCCGGGUUCAAGCGGGAUUGUGGGCCAGGGUCGCUGUUGCCCGAUGCGGUGCUCCAUGACAGCGGCGAGCGCCUGUAUGACCACUUCGGUCUUGCGUUUGUCGUACUGCACUUUGUUGAAGAUUCGGCAAAACGGGAUGCACAGGAUGUUGUUCCUGCAGCCUGCAUUGCCCGUCGGUGGAAGGCUGGCGCAACUGCUGGAUGCCAGGGUGGCGACCACCUAUCUCAUUCGACCCGACAACCGCGUUGCAGGGCGUUGGCGCAACUUCGCGGCCACAACCUUGAGUUCGGCCAUUGCCCGGGCCAGCGGAAGCCCUUCUUCAGUAGAGGAGAUGGCAUGACACAACAGCAGACAUCCGUGUUCGCUGAAAGGAACUUUGAAAUUCUGGCCUCGGCACUGGACAGGAUUUCGGCACCCAAAAGGGAAAUUUUCCUGACAAAACUGGUCAUCCUGCUGGCUUCGAAAGCAGGUAGCGACGACCCGCUUGAGGCCUUUAUCGAACGAGCAGAAAAACAUCUUUAA